UAGUCAGACAGAUUCACUGAGUUGUUCAGUCAUUAUCUGCUUACCUUGCAGUCUAUCCAUGACAUUUUGCUUUAGCACAGUCACUGCUUUGUCGUGCAAACCAAGCUCAGUCACAACUUCACAAGGGGGGAGUGUUUGUCUAAGAGCAGAAAGGCCCUAUCUAAUCUAUAAAUGUUUCACAAUGCAGUACACUUUGCCCUACAAUUAUUUGGCCAAUAGUAAAAAAACUGGAAUGACAAGCACAGGUACUGUAUUCUUUACAAUCCAUUAAGAGGGAGAGGAGUUUGUUUCCACAACGAUAAACCUGGGGUCUGGUCUCCAUGGAGAUGGCCUGGGUUCUGGUUUCCAUGACAUUAAGGGGUCUGAUGUUGGUGGUGAUUCUGCUGUGGACUGUCACACCCACAGAUGGGGGAGAGGAUUGUGUCCUGCCCUGCAGCUUCCAGCGUGGCAGUGAUGAACUCAGCCACUGGCUGAAAGUAGAAGACAAGGACCUGAACAUCCACUCCCACUACAACAGUACAGAUCAGCUCAAACAGCAGAGCCAGCGUUACAGAGGGAGAACAGCCCUGUUCAAUGACCAGAUCCCCAAAGGAAACGCUUCACUACUGCUGAGAGGGAUCACACUCCAGGACCAGGGCAGAUACAAGUGUUACACCAGCACUAUUAAAGGCAACAUGGAGUCCUUCAUUAACAUAGCAGUGGAAGCUCCAGUCCGCUUGGUGGACAUACAGUUAUCAGAUGACAUCAUCACCUGCAGUUCUACAGGUAUCUACCCUGAGCCUAAACUCACCUGGUCCAGUGACCCCCCCUCUGACCUUUCAUUUGACCCUGGAACCAUCCAGAACUCCACCAGCAUCAAGGUGGAUGACCGGGGCCUCUAUGACAUCACCAGCACAAAACAGUUUAGCAGAGACCGAACCAACAUCUGUACCGUGACCUCUGGGACAGUAGAAAGGACAGCAACCCUGAAACAGCAUGAUCCGGUCCAGGGUUCUCCAAGCAGUGAGGUUUCCAUCCUCUGCAGUGUCUCUCAGUCUGACCUCCUGACCUUUGACCUCACCUGGAGGUUCAACCAGAUAGACACCAUCCUUACCUCCACCUACACCAACAGUACAUCUCAGAUGUAUGUUGAUGACCAGUGGAAGGAUCAGGUUCAGAGUUUGUCUGACUCUGGCAGCCUUCAGCUCCACAAGUUAACCAUGGUCCACCAGGGGACCUACAGCUGUGAACUCUCUACUGCCAGAGACACACACCUGAUCCUCACCUACCUGCAGAUCACACCUGAUAAACUAUCUGAUGUUUCAGAUGGACUGAGUCCAGGUUCAAUCACUGGUAUAAUAAUAGCAGCAGUGAUUAUAGCAGCAGUGAUAUGUUACCUGCUGAGAGGUUUUCUGUGCAAAUCCAAGCCCACAUGGUCUCAAGCGAUGAACACCAUCUCACCUGAAGAGGAAGAGUCACUCUCUGCCGCAGCAAAUACAAAUGGUCCAAAUGAAAACGAUCAGAGUGGAAAACCACUUCAGAAUGAAGAAGGAAGAGAGGAAGACAGAGAAAGACAACAACAAGGUCAAGGAGAAGAGGGGUCAGCCAUAUCAACUUUGGUAAUUCCUUGAAUCAAGGAGAGAACAUUGACCCAAGGGAGGACAAAGAGGAAAGUUGAAAUUGGGGUAAUUGUCCAAUUGCAUACAGUACCAGUCAAAAGUUUGGACACACCUACUCAUUCA